AUGGAAAAACGUCUUAAAGAUGUUCAACAACGUUUACAAUCAUCACUAAAUAAUCUUGCAUGUAAAACACUUUCAAAUGAAAUCGAUCAUUUAUCAUCCAGUCUUUCAAAUCGUUCACCUAUUUAUCGAACCAAUUUAACACGUGAACAAUUAUUAUCAUCGAUAAAAAAAAUUCAAGAAUUAAAUAUAAAUUUAACAAAUAAUGAUCUAUAUCGUCGAGCAUUAACAAAUUACCUAUUACUUCUAUCAAUUCAUACACAUAAACUUGUUUGUGAAAUAUUUCUUCAUCAAAUUUAUCAUUUAAAACAUCAUAUUGAUUAUUGGAAACAUGAAAAACAAAGUCAUCUUGCAGUUGUUCAACAAAUAAAAACAACAUUUUGGUUUGAUAAAGAUCGUGAUGAUAUACGUUCAAUAGAUAAAGUGAAAUUUUUAAUUAUUCAACGAGAUAUUUUGUCUAAUGAAAUCGGUCGUUUAGCAUAUACAAUAACGAAUCUUGAACAACAAGAACAAAUUAAUCUUGAUUUACUUAUGAAUAAUACAAAUGAUCUAUAUAAAAUUCUAUUUAAUGAUACAACAAUUGAUUAUAAUUCUCAUAGUGAUUUAUUCGAUGUUAUAGAAUUAUAUUCUCAAAUGUUAAAUUCAUUUGAUGAACUAAAACUAAAAUGGAUUGAAAAAAUUCAUUUAUACUAUCGACCAACACAUAUUAAACGUUAUUUUCCAUAUUAUAUUGGUAUUACUGCAAUUGGUUUUUAUACUUUAUAUAGAAUUUAUACAAAUAAACACGAAAUUUACAAUUAUUUUUCUUCAACUUAUGAUUCAUUGAAAUUUUUUCUAAAUGAACAUUUAAUAAUACCAUUAAAAACAAUAUAUACAUCAACAUUUGGAGAACGUUCAAUACAUACAACAUAUGAAAAUUCACAAUUAAAUUAUACGAAUUCAAAAAAAAUUCUUGAAGAAAUGCUUGAAGAUUAUGGACAUCAACAUGCAAGAACAUUAGCACAAGUGAAUAAUCUUAGUGUAGAAGAAUUUUUAGCAUCAUUAAAUGAACAUGCAACUAAUGAAGAUAUGAAUAUUGUUAUGAAAAAUUAUCAACAAGAAAUGAAUUCACCUAUUCGAGCAGCUCUCUUUGGAGAUUUAAUCAAAGGUAUUACAAUAACAUUUCUAUCCUAUUGGCAACCAACUAAAGAUUAUCUUUCUAUCGUCGUCGAACAAUCACAUCUUAAUCACACAACAGCAAUUGUUAAUUCACAUAUAACUGAUGAAUAUAUACAAGAAUUUGGAGAUAAACAAAAUCGACCUGCUUUACGAGGUGAUUUAUAUAUGAAUUAUGGUACACCACAAAGUGGUCCACAAGCAACUUGUUUACCCAUUGGUGUUGGUUUAUCAUAUGAUGAAUUAACAUUACUUUCAUGUGAUGUACAUCGAAAUUCACAAAAUGUUCGUUUAUUUGAUAUUCAAACAGGUCGAUUAAAACAUACAAUAACUGGUAAUCAGCAAAUGAAAUUCCAUCGUCCAAGUGCUGUAAUGAGUAAUGCACGUAAUAAUAUCUUAAUUGUUGAACGAGAUUAUAUCUAUAUCACUGAACCUGAUGGUCGUUUAGUACAAACUAUUGGUCAUCGUUCUAUUAAACAAUUAUAUGGUAUUGCUCUGUUUCGCGAUCGUUAUUUAUUAACAAUUGAUUCAAAAGCAACUGAUAAUCAAACAGCUGAAAAUAGUCGUUUAUUAUUAUUUGAUCCAAGUAGUGGACAACUCGUAUUUGAGAAACCUAUUGUUAUCAAUAGAGAAUCGGAAGAUAUUUUAAAAGAACAAAAUAUUAAUCAUAUUCAAGGAAAAAUUUUACCAGAAACUACAAGUAAACCACGUUUUCUUGCUGUACAUAAUGAUAAUAUUUAUAUUGCUGAUCUUGGUCGUAGUUUAAUCUAUGGAACAAGUGUUCGAAAUCAAUUUGAAUAUUCUUGUACAACUGUAUUUGGUGGUCAAGGACGAGCCAGUGGUGAAAUGAAUGAUCCAUCAGGUCUAGUUAUUGAUUCAGGCGGAAAUAUUAUCAGUGCUGAUAGUAAAAAUGAUCGACUACAAAUAUUUUCAUCUAAUGGUGAAUAUAAAACUACAUUAAAAUUAAAUGAACGUAUAAAACGUCCAUCAGGUAUAUGUACAAAUCGUGCUGGUACACAAUUUUAUGUUUCAUGUUAUCUAGCUGGUUGCGUACGAGCAUUUAAUAUUAGUUAUUAG